ACCCCCCCCCUAAUUUCGGGCCCCCCCCCCCCAACGCAGGGCACCAACAUCGGGGCCGGAAAGGCCGUGGGCAUCGUGGUGGCCACGGGGGUGAACACGGAGAUCGGGAAGAUCCGCGACGAGAUGGCGGCGACGGAGCAGGACAAAACCCCCCUGCAGCAGAAGCUGGACGAGUUCGGGGAGCAGCUCUCCAAAGUCAUCUCCCUCAUUUGCGUGGCCGUUUGGCUCAUUAACAUCGGCCAUUUUAACGACCCCGUCCACGGCGGCUCCUGGAUCCGCGGCGCCAUUUAUUACUUCAAGAUCGCCGUCGCCCUCGCCGUCGCCGCCAUCCCAGAAGGGCUGCCCGCCGUCAUCACCACCUGCCUGGCUCUGGGGACGAGGCGGAUGGCGAAGAAGAACGCCAUCGUGCGCAGCCUCCCCUCCGUGGAGACCCUGGGCUGCACCUCCGUCAUCUGCUCCGACAAAACCGGCACCCUCACCACCAACCAGAUGUCCGUCUGCAAGAUGUUCAUCGUGGACAAAGUGGAGGGCGACGUCUGCACGCUUAACGAGUUUUCCAUCACCGGCUCCACCUACGCCCCCGAGGGCGACGUGCUGAAGAACGAGAAGCACAUCAAGGCCGGCCAAUACGACGGCCUGGUGGAGUUGGCCACCAUCUGCGCCCUCUGCAACGACUCCUCCUUGGAUUACAACGAGGCCAAGGGGAUUUACGAGAAGGUGGGGGAGGCCACGGAGACGGCGCUGACCUGCCUGGUGGAGAAGAUGAACGUCUUCAACACCGACGUGCGCAGCCUCUCCAAAGUGGAGCGCGCCAACGCCUGCAACUCCGUAAUUAAGCAGCUGAUGAAGAAGGAAUUCACGCUGGAGUUUUCCCGGGACCGCAAGUCCAUGUCGGUUUAUUGCUCCCCUGCCAAAGCGUCGCGGGCGGCCGUGGGGAAUAAGAUGUUCGUUAAGGGUGCCCCCGAGGGCGUCAUCGACCGCUGCAAUUACGUGCGGGUUGGGACGACGCGCGUCCCGCUGACGCCGGCGGUGAAGGAGAAGAUCCUGGCGGUCAUCAAGGAGUGGGGGACGGGGAGGGACACCCUGCGCUGCCUGGCCUUGGCCACGCGCGACACCCCGCCCAAGAAGGAGGACAUGGUGCUGGAGGAUUCCACCAAAUUCGCCGAGUACGAGACCGACCUGACCUUCGUGGGCUGCGUGGGGAUGUUGGAUCCGCCCCGGAAGGAGGUGAUGGGUUCCAUCCAAUUGUGUCGCGACGCCGGCAUUCGAGUCAUCAUGAUCACCGGGGACAACAAAGGGACGGCCAUCGCCAUCUGCCGCCGCAUCGGCAUCUUCUCGGAGGACGAGGAGGUGACGGGGAAGGCCUACACGGGGAGGGAGUUUGACGACCUCCCCCCGGCCGAGCAGAGGGAGGCCUGUCGCCGGGCCUGCUGCUUCGCCCGCGUCGAACCCACCCACAAAUCCAAGAUCGUCGAGUUCCUGCAGUCCUUCGACGAGAUCACGGCCAUGACAGGCGACGGUGUGAACGACGCCCCGGCUCUGAAGAAGGCCGAGAUCGGCAUCGCCAUGGGAUCCGGCACCGCCGUGGCCAAAACGGCCUCCGAAAUGGUGCUGGCUGACGACAACUUCUCCACCAUCGUGGCGGCGGUGGAGGAGGGCCGCGCCAUCUACAACAACAUGAAGCAGUUCAUCCGCUACCUCAUCUCCUCCAACGUCGGGGAGGUGGUCUGCAUCUUCCUGACGGCCGCCCUGGGGCUGCCGGAGGCGCUGAUCCCGGUUCAGCUGCUCUGGGUCAAUCUGGUGACCGAUGGACUCCCAGCCACGGCUUUGGGUUUCAACCCCCCCGAUUUGGACAUUAUGGACAAACCCCCCCGAAGCCCCAAAGAGCCCCUGAUCAGCGGCUGGCUCUUCUUCCGCUAUUUGGCCAUCGGAGGUUACGUGGGGGCGGCCACGGUGGGCGCCGCUGCCUGGUGGUUCCUUUAUGCUGAGGACGGCCCCAAUCUGACCUACCACCAACUGACGCACUUCAUGCAGUGCAGCCACCACUCGACCGAAUUCGAGGGCAUCGACUGCGACAUCUUCGAGUCCUCCGUGCCCAUGACCAUGGCGCUGUCUGUCCUCGUCACCAUCGAGAUGUGCAACGCCCUCAACAGCCUGUCUGAGAACCAGUCCCUGGUGCGGAUGCCGCCGUGGGUGAACAUCUGGCUGGUGGGCUCCAUCUGCCUCUCCAUGUCCCUGCACUUCGUCAUCCUCUACGUGGAUCCGCUGCCGAUGAUCUUUAAGCUGACCCACCUGGACUUGGCCCAUUGGCUGGUUGUGCUCCGCAUUUCCUUCCCUGUCAUCCUAUUGGACGAGGCGCUGAAGUUCAUCGCCCGGAAUUACCUGGAGGCGUAACUUCCGCCUUCCUCCAUUGGGCGACUCCUGAGGUGAUGCUGAGGAGCUCCGGAAGAAGCGGAAGUGACCCCACAGCCCCACAACCCGCUAUGGGGCGGCCCUACAACUCUAUGGGGCGGCCCCACAACCUGCUAUGGGGCGGCCCUACGAUGCUAUGGGGCGGCCCUACAACCCGCUAUGGGGCGGCCCCAAAUGGCCGCUGCUUAUUUAUUGCCAAUAAAGGGAACCCCAAAAA